UCUCUGGUCUCUGAGUCUCUGAGUCUCUGAGUCUCUGGGUCUCUGAGUCUCUGAGUCUCUGGGUCUCUGGGUCUCUGAGUCUCCGUCCUGCAGACCCAGACUCAGUUAGGUUCAGGUCUUCUUCUGGUCUGAGUCCUCGGUGUGUCCUCGCGCUCAUUAGGCAGCAGCAUCACAUACCGUCUGCGUGCAGGAACGUGCGCGUGCCCGCUGCGCAGUGCGCGCGCCUCGGUGCUGAUGGUGCUCGGAGACACGCGGCCGAAUCGAUGAAGAGGAGGAUGAAGAGGAGGAUGAAGAGCGGAUCAGAUCAUCGAUCCGCUCUGAUCAGCUGAUCGAUCCCGGAUCAGCAGCUGCAGGAGGUGACGUCAUCAAUCAAUCAGUCCGCGUCAUCGAUCACACCUGAUGUGACACGCGGCGCGGUGCGGCGCGGCAGGAGACAAUCAGCUGAGCGGAGCGGCGGGGCUCUGCGGGUUCUGGACUCUGGACUGAGUUCUGGACCAGGUGAACCCCGGAGGUUCGAUCCCCGCCGGAGGGCAGGAGUCCACGGAGGACACCCCACAGGUGAUCCAGGUCACGCCCUCCAAAGACUUUAAACUCCCUCUGCUGGCUGGCCCAGGAACUGCACCUCGAACCACCUGCUAACAGCUACAAGCUAACUGCUAACAGCUACAAUCUAAGCUAACAGCUACAAGCUAAGAGCUACAAGCUAACAGCUACAAGCUAACAGCUACAAGCUAACAGCUACAAGCUAACAGCUACAAGCUAACAGCUACAAGCUAACAGCUACAAGCUAACAGCUACAAGCUAACAGCUAGCAUCAGUCCUGAGGUUGGUGUUCAGGUGUUGAUGGCCACAGGUGUGAACUACUGGAGCUCUUAUGAACCAACCUGCAAGGUGAGAGAGUGUGUGUUCGGGGGCGAUCAGGAGUCCAGUAGUGAGGAGGAAGGAGGCGGGGUCACAUGGGAAACACAAGCCAUGGAGGUCAAAGGUCAACUCAUCACAUCACCUGACCCUCUCACAUGUCCAGACAGGAAGCACAGGGAGCGGAUGGCGGAGCUGCAGGAGAGGAGGCGGAGCCUGCAGGUGCUCCUGAGCACACGAUUGGCUGAGCUGAGACGGAUCUGUCUGCAGGAGGCGGAGCUGACAGGUACGGUGCCCGGUGACUUCCCCCUGGAGGCGGGAGAGAAACCCCCGUGUGUGCGCCGCAGAGGGGGGACGUCUCGCCAAGCUAACAGGAAGUGUCGAGCUGAGGAGGAAGACUCUCAGCGCUCAAAGCCGAAGAAAACUUUAUUCAGCGGAGCUCUGAGGAAACACAGCGACUCUGAACACAACUCACACACACAGACACACACACACCACGGCAAGAGGACUGUACACAGAGGCUGCCACACAGAUGACACAGUGCGGUCAGAAAGCAGCUCAACAUCAGACUCAACAGGACACGAUAACGAUGAUGGUGUGUCUCAGUGUCGCCCCUCGCUGGUCUCUUCUGGUUCUCCUGUAGAAGUUUUUUAUCAAAACAAACCCAGGAGGAACUCAGUGCUCAACAGGGGUGACCAUCUGGAGAAUCUUCAGACCCAUAAGCUCCUCCCCCUGCCCCCCUCUCAUCCUCCCCCCCCUCCUCCCCGCUCUCAGGACUCCUCCUCCUCCUCAGCUCCCUCUGAUCCUGCAGGAGAGGGUGUGGUCAGGAUAAACGCCGCUCGCCAUAGCAACAGCUCUGACGGCCUGCUGGACCGUAUCGCCCCCCCUGAAGAGGAGGGGGGGGCGCAGCAGGGGGGAUUGUGGGUAAACGGUCUGCAGGGAUCCAGAGGAACAAACACAGGGGUCAUAUUCAGGAGCUCAGAGACGCUGACAGACGGGCGUCCUAGGACCAGUAACAGUGAGGGGGGAGGGGCAGGGCGAGGACGAGGAGGAGCAAAAGGAGGGGGCGGGUACAGUGAGGUUCUGCUGGACUAUGUUUGGGGGAAACAGCAGCAGCUCCAGAGACAGCAGUCCCAGCCCAGCAGCCGACAGCCAAUCACAUCACACCAGCAGCUGCUCUACAACGGGUACUCCUCCCAGCAACCCUCUGUAGCCCCGCCCACCUACCGCAGUCACCAGGGCGACCAGCGGCGAGUCAAAGUGACGCGAACCAAGUCCUGUGGGCCAUUCCUUCCAGUUCAGCAGGACCAGACUGAUACCCACAAUCCUCCACUGACCACCAUCCAGCCAGAUCCCCACCCCCACCUGCUACCCCCCCGCCCGCCACAGCUGCCCCCCACCCAGGAUGCUCAGCUGGAGGACGCCACACGCAGCCUCCACAAGGCCCUCGCCCUGGAAGGUCUGAGAGACUGGUACCUGAGGAACACGAUUGGCUCCACAAAUCAAAACCAGGUGAAUGGAAAGGCCAACACUAGGGUUAACAAUAAAGUGAAGGGCGGGGUCAAAGGUCAGGCAGGAGGAGGGGGUGGAGCUUUCCCUGACGGACGCAAUACUCAUGGUGUCAUCCAGCAGUCGACCUGUCAGACAGAGACCAGUCAUCACAAGAAGACACUGCCACACUCAGCCACGUUCCACGGACACCCGCUGCACGGAAGGUCUGUGGACGGCACGCUCUACCACAACUCCUUCACAUCUCAGAAACAGGAAGUUCCUCUCAGAGACCUGACCCUGGACCAGCCGUCUCCAGGAACUCUGGUCUGACUCUCCAACCAAUCAGGACGCCGAACAACAGACAGGCUGACGAUUCCCAGGCAGGCACCUGGGAUGAACACCUCAGUGGACUGUGUGCUGGUUCUUCAGAUGAGAUUAGCUCGGAGUUAGCAGCCUCUCCUGCUCCGGCAGCAGAUCAGCUGUUCCUAAAACUUCACCUGAAGCUCCACUCGCUAUGAUGUCACCAGAAAGGGGGAUACUGUCGUAGCCCUGAUGGAGGCUGGUCUCUGGAUGAACUCUGAGCCUCCCCUUCAAGACUCUGUUGAGUGAUCACGGCUCAGUCGUCCCCUCUUAGUCUGAAAGUGUUUCUUUAAAAAACAAACUGCAGAUUUUUUUAUGUUGUUUUUAUGGUUUCCAUGACGACGUGUGUGUCUGUAAUCUGUGCCCAGACAAUCAGAACAAAACCAGCUUUUCUAUAAACGAGGAGAUGAUGAUGAAGAUGAUGAUGAUGAUGAUAAUGAUGAAGCUGUUGCACUCUCUGAGGUCACAUGAUCACCAGCUGACAUCACCAGCUCGUUCUCAGACCAGCAGAUUAGACCGAGUGUAAACUGAUCAGGUCAGCUGAUCAAUCCUCAGGUGAGACUUCAGGUAAGCUCUGCACUAACAGCUGAUCCACCAAGAAACACCAACAGACCCCCACUGACCUGUGACUCUGUAUACAACCACGAGCUUCAUCGGGCCCUGCAGAGACCAGAUCUGCAACACCUGCAACACCUGGAACACCAGGAACACCUGGAACACCAGGAACACCUGCAACACCAGGAACACCUGCAACACCAGGAACACCAGGAACACCUGCAACACCAGGAACACCAGGAACACCUGCAACACCAGGAACACCUGCAUCACCUGCAACACCAGGAACACCUGCAUCACCUGCAACACCUGGAACACUAGGAACACCUGCAACACCUGGAACACUAGGAACACCUGCAACACUAGGAACACUAGGAACACCUGCAACACCAGGAACACUAGGAACACCUGCAACACUAGGAACACCAGGAACACCAGGAACACCUGCAACACCUGCAACACCUGCAACACCAGGAACACCAGGAACACCUGCAACACCAGGAACACCAGGAACACCUGCAACACCAGGAACACCUGCAUCACCUGCAACACCUGGAACACUAGGAACACCUGCAACACUAGGAACACUAGGAACACCUGCAACACCAGGAACACUAGGAACACCUGCAACACUAGGAACACCAGGAACACCUGCAACACCUGCAACACCUGCAACACCAGGAACACCAGGAACACCUGCAACACCUGCAACCAAACUGUGAUGUUUAGAGGACUGGGUCAGAGCGUUGCUGCAGCUCCUGUGGGGUGUUCCAGGUCUGCAGGGUCAGGACUUACAGGAAGAAGUCCAAGGAAGGAGAACAAGAGAACCAGGGACAGGGUCAAUGGAGGCCAGUUCUCUUUGAUGUGUCAGGAGAGUGGAGGACACCACAGAGAGAUGGAAGAAGGAGGUCUGGAGGAACACCAUCAAGGUGCUGACUCCAGAUCUCAGUCCAAUCCAGCAUCUGUGGGAUGAGCUCGACCACCAAGUCUGAUCAAUGGAGGCUCACAACUUCAGGACUUAAAGGAUCUGCUGCUGACGUCUGAGAUACCACAUAUCACCUUCAGAGGUCUAGAGGAGUCCAGGUCUCAUCAGAUCAGGGCUGUCCUGGUCCUGACCUGAUGAGGGGUCCAGUAUCAGACAGGUGUUUAUGAUGUUCCGGCUGAUCAGUGGAACCAUUGAUUUAUUCUGUAUGUGAGUUAAACUGGCUGACACCAUGAGACCGGACAGGGUCCUCCUGUCUUUGGUCUUUGUCCGAGACUGUACAUAAGAAGUGGGCGUGGCCUCAGUGAGUCCAACCAGGAGGGCGUAGCUGGAGAGGAGGGUGUAGCUGGAGAGGAGGGUGGAGCUGUAGAGGAGGGUGGAGCCGGAGAAGAGGGUGGGACUGGAGAGGAGGGUGGGACUGGAGAGGAGGGUGGAGCUGUAGAGGAGGGUGGAGCUGGAGAGGAGGGUGGAGCUGUAGAGGAGGGUGGAGCCGGAGAAGAGGGUGGGACUGGAGAGGAGGGUGAAGCUGGAGAGGAGGUCGGGGUUAGCUAAGACGUCAGCUAAAGCUAAUGCUAGCUCUGUUAGCAUGAUACUAAUGUAAUUCAUGUGGAAACAGAGCAACGGCUCAUUAAAAUGUAAUGCUGUAAAGACGAAGGUGUGGAGCAGGCGCCCCCUGCUGGACACAACACUUUGACCUGGAGUCCUCUUCUUAUUUACAGUCUGCGGUCUCUGCAGGACUGGGUCAGAUCCAGAUCCAGAGUGAGAGCAAUAACAGGAUCAGGGAGUCCGUGAAGCUUUUAGAGUUUCGGAGUGAAAAUCUCUGCAGCGACAAUCAGACGAUGAUGUCACGGCGUUUCUUGAUGACUGUUUCUGUUGAAAUGUUGUAAAGUCUUUUUAUAAACACGGAGGAAAUGUCACUUUUUAAAUCAUGUGAAUCCGCU